AUGGCCGCCGCCGCCGGGAUCAUAGAUCCAACCAAGGUCGGCAAAUACCCAGUCGUACUCAGCGAUGCGCUACUGGGCAAAAAGUCCAGUGAAGUCUACACUGGCGUUAGAUAUAACCACAGACCCGAUCCGCCACCGGAUUCUGCCAAAUUGCGACAAAAUGUCACCUUCAAGGGCAACUAUGAUCUACUAUACGGAGACAAGGGCAACAUUCAUAAAUACCGUGGCAAUCGCACCAGCAACGAAAAUCAAUAUGUCCUGAUCUUUGACCCCAACAGAGAGGUCUUUGUGCUGCACAAGGUCGACUCGACAUUCAACAUGAACCUCAUUCAGACCCCCGACAAUAAGAACGCAGACAGCCUAAAGAAGCAACAUCCCCAUCUCCCCAACAGUAGUGCUGAGGCCUCAACUACUAAAGCCAAGGGCAAGACUGGUGCAGGUUCCAAGACAAAGCAACCAAAGACAGCGCCCCCCAAGCCGUCUAAACCGGCUGCCCCAGAGAAGCGCAAGAACGGCUCGGACGAUGAGGAGGACAGCGAUAACGACGAUGUUCUAGAGAUUGAUUUCGGCGACACUGCGGCUCCUAACCGCGACUUCUCUCCCGCCUUCCCGCCCCGAAGGUUUAGCGAAUUUGCCGCGCAGAAUGAGGAGGAGGAAGACGAUGCCGACGGCGAAGAUGAGGACGAGGAAAUGAGCGAGCAGGAACACUUCCCGCUCCCAUCGCCAAUUGUGCAGCAGACUACUGCGCCGGAAGUGGAGACUGUCCCGAACAACACGAUAUCGCUCACCUUUGAUGAUGAUUCAGCCUCGGAAGAGGACGAGGAGCCAACGCCGGCACCAGCUCCUGUGCAGGAGCAGCAAGAACAAGAUGACGAUGACGAUAUGGAAGACGACUUGGAGGCUGCUCUUGAAGCUGAGUUGGCUGGAGCCGACUCGGAGAGCGAUGUCAGUGAAGAAGACUAA